AUGGCCCAGUCCAAUCGCUAUCCCGGGCACCAGUUGGAUCUGCGCUAUGUGCCGGACCACCGAGUUGCGCAGUACCCCAUCGGCGCCCACCAGUCUUGCCCGGGCGCGUCCUCGGAUGUUCUGCAGGUCCGGGAGGUGUUCAUGAUGCUCCUCAUGGAUAGACUGACGGAUAAGCCGGGCUGGGAGAAGAAGGUAUUCGACGACGAAAUCACUGCCAAGUGGCGGAAAGAGGCCGAGGAAAUGGACCAGGGCCCCUGGUAUCGCGAGGUCACCGAAGGCAAGGACAUGGACAGGAUACACCAGCCGGGGUUUCCGAUUAUCAACUCCGGGGUGUUUGACUACUGCCUCGAGGAACUCAAGAGGAAGGCCAAGUACUUUGAGAAGACGUGUCUCAUCCCAACCCUGGACUCGGCUGGCAACAGCAUCGUCAAAUCCGAUACUCUUCUUUCUGAUGCUCUGAAGUCUGAGCUGAGAGCUUCGUUCGAUAAGCUCCGUGCUGAUCAAGCUUCCAAUGUGGACUGGCACCCGCGAAGCAACGACCAAGUGCAGGAUCUCGUCCAUCCAUCCAUGUACCCCUUUGUGUACGGUCGCUCGCCGUUCAUCGAACAGGAAGUUGUCGGCGUAUCGGAUGCGGUCCAGAAGUGGUCUGGUAAAUCAGGGGUUGUGAUCCCCAAGGCGGCUGAGAAAAAGGCUUCAACACGUUGGCGAUGGGCUCGUAGUGUCGACGAGCUUCCUCGGGAGCUUUGGUCUACCAACUAUCAGUGGCUCCCUGCUAAUCUCGCUUUCCAGAGCGAUGGCUCCGUCAAAUCCACUAGCUACAUCAACAACCUUCACCCAGACAAGUAUCCCAGCAUCUACAGGGCCAUCGAAAGGCUCAUCGAUACGGCAAUCCCGGCUUGGGAGCAAUGCCUUCGCAAGCAACGCGAUUACGUCGACGUUGCCCCAGUGGGAAUUGUGAAACCUCGCUUUGACAGGCCUGGCUAUGUCGCGGACGACAUGGACGAGCUAUGGGAGGAGUUUGACGAGGCGAAGUAUAACGCGCUUCACAAGCUUGACCGAUACCAACUAUCUGAUUCUGAGAAAGAGGACAUGGAGUAUGACAUUCAGCAAGAGCUAGAUGAAGGAGACUUGGACACUGCAUCGCUCACGCCGGAAGCAAAACUGCAAGCGGCUCGCGAGAAGGUCACCAAGGAACACAUAUGGCGCAAUAUGCGAGACCCAGACUUCCCGAUGCCAGACAAGGCCCCCGAUGAUAUCAGCUACAAGCCCCAUCACACCUUGCGCGACUCGUUCAAAUCUAGCGGCCUGCAAGUCAUCGUCAAGAUGGCAACCAUCGAGCUUACCCCAGAAAAGCCCGAGUUUCCCCAGGGCGGCUGGCAUAUCGAGGGCCAGAUGAACGAACGGAUCUGCGCGACGGCUCUCUACUACCUGGACAGCGAGAACGUCACGCCUAGCCACCUUUCGUUCCGCAUAUCCACCGCGCCCGACGCGAACCAGGACUUUGACUACGGCCAGGACUCGUAUAACUACCUCGAGCAGAUUUACGGGACCGACUUUACCGACAGUGGUGCCUGCCUUCAGAACUACGGCAGCGUGGAAACCCGCGAGGGCCGGCUCCUCGCGUUUCCCAACACCUUCCAACAUCGGGUCUCCUCAUUCAAGCUUCAGGAUCCGACGAAGCCGGGCCACAGGCGCUUCAUAGCUCUCUGGCUCGUCGAUCCCCACGUGCGCAUCAUCUCGACUGCCAACGUCCCGCCGCAGCAGCUCAACUGGUGGGUUGAGGCCACCUUUGGCGCCGGCGAGAAGCCGAAACGAGGCACUGUGCCGCCAGAGGUCUUCCAGAUGCUCCAGGAGAGCGGCGUGGCUGACGUCUACCCCGACGACAAAUCCACCAACGCCAACAGACUGCCGGCCGAGGUCAUGGAUAUGGUCCGCAAGGAAGGGGUCGUGCCGCCUAGCUUGAUGACGGUCGAGGAGGCGCGGGAGCACCGGCUGGCGCUGAUGGCGGAGCGGAGCAGAUUCCACGAAGACUCGGAGCAGAUGUUCCAGUCAAACAGCUAUUCGUUCUGUGAACACUAG